AUGUACAUUUAUAUCGUUUUUGAUAUCUUUUAUAGAGACUCCAAUCUUAUUACCCAUUUGUAAAAUCUACUCAGAAAGCUCAAUUUAAUUGAGCUGCUCAACUAUAUGCACCUUAAAGGUUUAACCAGCAUAUCUUAUUCUACCUGAUCUUAAUUAUUUAUAUGCGUUGGACGUCCUAUGCUAGGCAACUUACCACAGCUACCUGAUUUGAAGUUAGAAGUUUCUUAGAAGUUUAUUAAACAUUUUGGUUUCAAAGAGGGUAAUCGCGAAAUUAAGAUACUAAUAAUAAUGCUUCACUUGGUUAAACAAGACUUUAUAAUCAAAAUAUGCAAGUUUUGUAUUUUUCUUUGAGAGAACAGAAAUUUUGAGCGUCGCCAUAUUUUAAUUAUUCUAGCCAGCUUAUCUGUUUAUGCGAUUCAUUCUGAUUGCUAUAAAGUAAUCAUAACAUAGUGUAUCUUUGUUGCAAAAGAUCGCCCGCCACUCCCCUCAGUUUACAUUCCUCUUAUCAAUGACUACAAACUAUGAGAAGAGCCUAUGAUUGAUGACAUUUCAACUCUGAGUGCUGUCAGAGUGUGCAUAAAACACUUAAUGAUGGCUGAGCAGGAUUGUUUAAUAUUUUGUAUUUGCAACUCCCUAGAGAAAUGGCUCAAUUACCAGCUUGAGUCUAGAGUAAAGCUCUUUAAAAUUGGUGAAGAUAAAGUGGAUGGUUUCAAUUGUAUUAUGAAUUCUCCAAUUGAAAUUAAGAAUUUAUUCAGAAAUAUUCUCAAUACUUUUGCUCUAACAAUUUACCGAGGAAAUUUUGUUCUAUCACAAGAAGGAGAUCAAGAAAAUUAUGAAAUCCCAAUUCAGUUAUCACCUCAGCAUAUUUUAACGAAUAAAGCUAUUGAAGUGCAAAAUAUCGAAUUUUUCGCGGAAAAUAUUGUUUAUGCUGAAACAAUAAGCUUGGCGUACAUAUACGGAUCUUCAUGAAUUAUCUCUUCUGUUUCUGGAGAGCUAGCAGGGUUGUGUGAAUAUUUAAGAAACGAAGAUUUAGCUUUUAUUUGCAGCUCGAUUUUUGAUAUUGAUACACAAUGUAUGUCAUUUUUACCUUGCUAUUAUGCAUUGUUCCCUGGACAUGAUACACCCUCUUCAUUUUUGGUAAAAAAAGUAAUAACACAAGAGCAAGUUUCCCCAAUAAUUUUUCCAAAUAUAAAUAUUAUUGAGCAUCAGUCAAGCUUAGUUGGAUUCGUCAAGUCAAAAUUUUUAAGUAGCCUAUACACUCCUUAUAUGAUUGAUGGAGGACUGCACCAAUACUUAACUUCAAAAGCACUGCAAGGCAAAGAAGGUCCACUUCCUAUUCCUCAAAUACCAAACUCCACUCCAAAGUUUGGAGCUGCAAUUCUUCAAGGUGGAGAAAAAUCAAAAAGGACAACCAAGAGAGCUCUUGAAGGAAUUGCAAAUUCACUAAAUCCACCUCCGUGAGCAAAUAAAAUGAUUGAAACCAUAUUUUUUGGGUAAAAAAGACUUCUCGAGCGAACAAAAAAAUUUUUUACGAAAAAAAUAUUUAACAUAUAUUAGUGAUAAUUAUGUAAUAAAAUCUCUAGUUAAAUCUGAUGAAUUUUAAACAAUUUAGAUUUUAGAGCAUAAAUUUAGGCAAAUUACAUUAAUUUCCGCUUUCAAAUUUUUGUAAAUCAGGAUUUUUUUUAAAAAAAUUUUGAAUAAAAUAUAUGUGCUAUUUAACCCCCCUUUAACGAUCAAUUUUUUUUUGUUCGCCAUAGAGGGGAAUAGUAAGAAAAAAAAAGAAAUGCUAA